AUGUACCCUUUUCAAAGAGUGAGACGUUCCGUUUUCCCUUUGAGGCAGAGGAAUGAGGCCAUCCUGAGCACAGAGUCUUUCAGUGCCUUUCAGCUGGAGUCUGUGGAAGUAUUGACUGAAGACACCUGCCUGUAUAGAUUCAAGCUGCCAGUCAGUGCCAGCCUGGGGCUAGGUUUAGGACAACAUCUCGUGUUAAGGAGCGAUGUCGAAGGCCUGCAGGUGCAGAGAGCAUACACCCCAGUUAGCCCCGUCCAUGCAGAGGGGUACUGUGAAUUUCUCAUCAAGCUCCGCCAUGACGGGAUGAUGUCUCCGUACAUAAAGACCUGGAAGGAAGGAGAUCUUGUUGAGUGGCGUGGACCAUUUGGGGGCUUUCCCUAUGCACCUAAUAAGUUCGGACAGCUCCUGAUGAUUGCCUCGGGCACAGGCAUAGCUCCCAUGAUCCCCCUGCUACAGCACAUCACUGACAAUGAAGAAGAGGAGACCUUUGUCACCCUGGUCUGCUGCUUCAGAACGUAUAAGGACAUCUAUAUGAAGACGUUUCUUCAGGAGCAGUCGCGGUUCUGGAAUGUUAACACGUUCUUCGUGCUCAGCAAGCAAGAAAGCCUUGACAGUCUUCCCUGGAGUUACCGUGAGAAAACUCACCUUGGCCGACUGAACUUGGACACGUUGAAGACUGUGGUGGAGUCUUGUAAGAAACCGCCGUUUGCACUGAUAUGUGGUUCUGUGACCUUUAAUGAAGACAUAUUUAACUUUCUGAGGACCAUUGGACUCAAAGAAGAUUCCUGCUACAGGUUUUAAAAUCAGGAGUGGUGGGAACUCAGUGGGGCAAAUGGAAGAGCUUUCUGCACAAAAAGUCAAAGUCUCUAAGGUGUGCCUCAGGUCUCGUGAUGUACACACUUUGUGUCAGUGUGGAGAUGCAUGUGCAAUAUAGUUUAAAAUAUUUUGCAGAAAUGAUUCAGGGAGGUAUAUCUCAUGAGUGCGUGUUCCACUAAAAUGUAAACAGGUUCCUCCAAAAACAUUUAAUUGCAUUGGACAGUAAUGGAUCUGAUUUUCUUCUAUAUGCAGUGCUGUGGUCAUUUUUCCUGUUUUAUGGUGUGAUCCUCAUUGUGUGUAUUGUAGGGAGAUCCUACAAUAAAACAGACUUCUCAGAAAAUGA